AUGGAACGGCACCAGCGUAGCAAACGAGGUAAACAGAUCUUCAAUGCUCGCCUGGAGAUCGGACCCUAUGCAAAGACACCAAGGAAAAUCCUACUCUUAGAAGAGCCAGUCCACUGCUCCCGUGCACCGGGGCGAGGAUUCCUCGGCGCUGGCGCCAUCUUUUCCGUUUCCGAAGCCACAGAAUCCAUCCUCCAGCUCAUAUACGAUUCGCCCAUCGUAUACGGCUUGUGGAAAGGCGUGUGUACCGAGUCGGCAUUCACUGGUUGCGCCACAGCCGUCUCGUCUGUAGCAUUCACUAACGCUGACAUCCUUAUCAAAUCCGAUAUCUCCUCCUGGCCCAAACCCCACUUCAGACCCCCCCUCAACCUAGCCCUCUAUACAACCUCCGCACCCAUCCUCCGCCUCCUCAUCAUCUACCCAAUCUAUGUCCUCCUCCUCACCCUUCUCAUCACCUGCUUCGAAGCUAAGGUCUUCAGCAUCGGCGUCUUCGGCGCGAUCUUCGCGAUCCUCACCGCUGCUGCUUUGGCAGCGCAUCUAGUACUUUAUUUUCAGUACUUACGGAAGAGGAUUUUGUAUAUGCAGAGUUUCGAUGAUCAGCUCGACCCCAAGGAGGAGUGGUGGGUUACAGUGGAUAAGUACAUGGUGAAAGUGAGGUGGUGGAGGGUGCCACUCCAAAUUGCAGUUUUCAAGAUAGUGGUCUGCUGCGUGAAAGCGUGGAAGCCGCUACAGAAGGACGGUGUUUGGUUCUCGGCGGCGGAGCAGAGGGAGGGAGGGGUGGGGCCUAAAGACUUGACUAGGAACAGUGGUGGAGCGGUGCCGGUGCGAGGAGAGGUUUGA